ACUUUUUCAAAAUGGAGGAAAGGCAAACAUUUUGGAGGGGAAAACAAUUACACAGAUUAAGUGCAUUUUUACACGCCAUGCUCAAGUCAAAACACCGCUUAUCUACGGGAAAAUAAAUACAUUGUUCGUCGCACUGAAGAAAAUAUGAAUUAAAAAUGAGCGUUUCCAUCGGGGAUAAGAUUGAGGACUUUAAAGUUCUCACCCUGCUGGGUAAAGGCUCCUUUGCAUGUGUUUACAAAGCAAAAUCUGUAAACACGGGCUUAGAGGUGGCAAUCAAAAUGAUUGACAAGAAGGCCAUGCACAAAGCUGGCAUGGUGCAGAGAGUCAUUAAUGAGGUGGAGAUUCAGUGUCGGCUAAAGCAUCCGUCAGUUCUUGAGCUGUACAAUUACUUUGAGGACAGUAACUAUGUGUAUUUGGUUCUGGAGAUGUGUCACAAUGGAGAGAUGAGCCGCUAUCUGAAAGACAGGAGAAAACCUUUUACAGAAGAAGAAGCGAGGCACUUCAUGCAUCAGAUUGUAAAGGGCAUGCUGUACUUACACACUCAUGGCAUCAUGCACAGGGAUCUGACCUUGUCCAACCUCCUGCUCACUAGCAGCAUGAACAUUAAGAUCGCAGACUUUGGCUUAGCAACACAGCUAAAGCUUCCCAGCGAGAAGCACUUCACCAUGUGCGGCACCCCAAAUUACAUUUCCCCCGAGGUGGCCACACGCAGCGCUCACGGCCUGGAGUCGGACGUUUGGUCACUGGGCUGCAUGUUCUACGCGUUCCUUACGGGCAGACCACCCUUUGACACAGACACUGUGAAACACACUUUGAACAAGGUUGUUUUAGGAGAAUAUCAGAUGCCCAUGCACAUAUCGCAAGAAGCUCAGGAUCUGAUUCAACAGCUGUUGCAAAAGAAUCCCACCCUCAGGCCAAGCCUCUCUGCAGUACUGGACCAUCCCUUUAUGACUCAAACCGGGACCACUGCAAGUAAGGACUCUGGGAACAGCGACGGAGGGUCUAUAGACAGCGGCAUAGCCACCAUAUCCACAACCUCCAACAUUACCAACAGCAGCAGCGGCAGCCGACUUCAGAGGAAGACGAGGCAGGUGAUUGGACACCCCUUGCCCAAUCGCAUGGCACCGAUCCCCAGCCACUCCCAUCACUCCACCAGCUCCAGUUUUAAAAGUGGCCAAGACUGGCAGCCUAAUUCACAAGAAGAUUUUUCCAGGAUAGGAUGCAGGCGAGUUCCCCUCGGCGCUGACAACGGAAGGCCUCAUUCUCGCUACCUGAGACGGGCUCAUUCAUCAGACCGAUCCGGUGCUGGGUUUAGCCACAAUCAACAGGAGGCCGAGCUGGAGAGAUGCCACUCGGAUGAGUUGCUUUCAGGGUCUGGGUGCUUGUUCCCAUCAACCUCCAGUUAUAGAGAUAUGCCGCAUAGCUACUCUGAGCAAAGACGUCUCCCCUCUCCACCUGUCAAACAGCCUGCAAAUUCUUUCUCAACAUCUGUGAGACCCCAGAUGUCCGACUCUCAAACACAGCCCUGGUUAAUCAAUGACGGGCCUUUCAAGAGGCCAGCAGAUCUGAGCAGUCACAGCAGCAGUGGGAGUUUCCAUGCGGGACGGGGGCCAGCUGGGACGCAAACCUCCUGCGGUGAGAAACCCAGCGGCGUUUACCCUCAGCAGCAACCCAAGCUGUUCCCUCACACCAACCCUGGGCCCUGCAGAGAGGACGGGUUCGGAUCAGGGCACCCAAUAGAACCUCAGAGCUACUCGGACCCGCAGUUUCCCGGUCCGCCUGUCUCCAAAGGCAAAGCAAACACGGAGAAGGAAAAAACAUCCCGUAAGAAGAACUUUCCACCGCUUUGUGCGGCCAGGCUCAAGCCUAUUAGACAGAAGACUAAAAACGCUGUGGUCAGUAUCUUGGACACAGGAGAGGUGUGUAUGGAGCUGCUGAAGGGACAAGGAGCUCAGGAGAGGGUCAAAGAAGUGCUGAGGAUCUCCUGUGAUGGAUCCACGGUGACUGUGUAUCAGCCUAAUGAAGGUAAAGGCUUUCCUGUUUUGGACCAUCCCCCUUCCCCACCUGAAGACAUUCUCAUCUGCAGCUUUGAGGAUUUACCAGAAAAAUACUGGAAGAAGUAUCAGUAUGCUACCAAGUUUGUCCAGUUGGUGAAAUCAAAGACUCCCAAAGUCACCUUGUACACAAAGUUUGCCAAGUGUAUGUUGAUGGAGAACUCUCCUAAUGCAGACAUAGAAGUGUGCUUUUAUGACGGUGCAAAAACCCAUAAGACGAGCGAGCAGAUGCGCGUGGUGGAGAAGAGUGGGAAGUCGUACACGGUGAAGGGUGACGUUGGGCUGACUGGACUAAAUCCUGAGUGUAGACUAUACAUGGAGCUUUCUGAAGAGGGGCAUCGAAUGUGUCUGUCUUUGGAAGCGGCGAUAACAGCUGAGGAGCAGCGUAGCUCUAAAAGCACUCCAUUCUUUCCCAUCACUAUCGGCAGGAAACCCACCAAUCCGGCUUCACCAGCUCCUCAGCUUCAGUGUUCAUCUGCCUCGAGCCUUGUGGCACCUGCCGAGGUCGCUCAGGUGUGCCUGAGUCCACCACAGCCCCCACACAUUACGCCAUCAAUGAUUUCUUACACUGGCUCAGACUUCACCACAGCCAGUGUGGCUAAAGGCAGCUCACCCCAGUCAGCCAAAGAUGAACGUACAAUUAACACAGGAAAGGUGCUCAAGUCCAUUUUUGUACCAAACGUUGGAUGGGCAUCUCAGCUUACAAGUGGUGAGGUUUGGGUCCAGUUUAAUGAUGGGUCCCAGCUAAUGGUCCAAGCUGGUGUCUCCUGCAUCACUUUUACUUCCUCUGAUGGACAUAUCACCAGGUAUAAAGAGAACGAGAAGUUACCAGAGCUGGUCAAAGAGAAGCUGCAUUGUCUCUCCACCAUCCUGGGACUCCUGGCCAGCCCUGCUGUCAGAUGCUGAGAAAAACAAAUCACAUCACGCCAAACAAACGCAGAGUUCAUGUGACCUUAGCAGUUGUGUUUUUUAUGUCACAUUAGACUAAUGAAAAUGAGUGUUUGUAAAUACAUUUUUUAACCUUUGUACAUAUAGUCCCAAAGAUUAUGAAAAUUAUAUAUUUUUUAUGUUGUACAUAAUGGGUUUCCUGUCUUUGUCUUGUGUAUUUAGAUGUGCGUGGUGCCUUUUUUUCUACCAGUUGAGUUGUGUCCUCGGCUUUUCAAUGAAAUGUUAGAUAUACAAACAUUAAACAUCUGCUGCCUGCCUGGUGUAUAAACUGGUCAAACUGUUUUUUUUUCCGUGCUUUAUUUAGUACUUGUGGACGAAUCUUAACAUUCGAACUGGUAACAAUAUUAUUACAAAAUAUAUUUUGUAUUAAAAUUGAUUCUUUAGGACUGUUAAUAUGUAAUGCUACAUUGUGACAAUAUAGUGUACCCCCUCCUCCAAGUUCUAGUAGCCUACUGUAAUGUUGAAAAGGAUUCUAUACACUUGGAAGAGGAAGUGCACUUUUAAGCACACCAUAUAUUGGUGAAAUUGGUUGGGUUAGAUUUGAUUAGAUGAUAUUAAUAAAAAACGCAGUUUUCAUGAACAUGGUGACCUUUGUUUGCUGUAUAAAAGUUGGCAAUUGAGUACCUUUGAAGUCGUUCAUUCAGAUGACAACUAUUUUAUAUUGUUAUUUUAUUGUAAAUUAUUUUGUAUUGAAUGAAAUUAAAA